AUCGGAUGCACUACUUUGCAUAAAUAGAUAUGUUAAUGAAAGAAAAAUGUGCAUAAUUUAGAAAUGUAAAUAAAUAAGAAAGCAAGUAUUUAAGGCCCAACAAUGUCAGUCUCGAAAUCAGUUGUUUUUUCAACCGAGUUACAAACUUUCAAACUUCCGUUAGAAAACAAAAAGAAAAAUGGCCAAAUUAUUCCAAAAUAUUUUCUUGGUAUUCGGCAUUGUUCUAGCUUUAGUAGCAGCUUCACAAGCUGAAGAAUGUGAAGGCGCCAACCAAGAGUUUAAUGAUUGUGGUAUUGCCUGUCCCCCAACAUGUGAUGAACCUGGUCCUAAACCAUGUACCUUGCAGUGUGUUCCUGGUUGCCACUGCCAAGACGGCUAUGUACUAAACGAGAGUGAUGAAUGUGUCCUUCCAGAAGCGUGUUAAUUCAAGGAUAUUUGUACUUAAUAAUACAAGUUAAUAUAUUCACAAUUACUAACAUAUAUGAAGUAAAA